AUGGAGGAUGAAGUGAGGAAUUGGUGUUUGGAAUACCUCGUUAGAAACUCAACCAUAGAAACCAACAUCAUCAACAAACUCAUUUCUAGAAUCUCACUCUCCAACACCGAUUACCGCACCAAAAUAACAAUCAUCCUUAGAACCCUCCAAGACGCCUUGUCGGAAGCAUUUAUCCCAGAAUGUAUGCUCCAAAUUCUCGAGGUACUAGAAAAAUUGUUACUUCGUUGCGACUCUUCAAAUUCAAAUUCAAAUUCAAUCAGUGCCGCCAUGAAAGCCGCGUAUUGUAGCAUUGCAGUUGAGUGUACUCUCAAGUAUCUUGAAGUGGGAACAUCAAACCCUAGCUACGGCAUAGCGGUGAAGAGGAUAUGGAAGGGUAGGGUUCAGGAUAUGCAGAGUGAGGGAAGUAGUUUUCUGUUAUCUGAUGAAUUGAAACAAUGGAAAAUUGAGAUUGAGAAUUCGCUUUUGGAUGAGAAAGUUAUGGAGAAGCUUUGCUCUGUGCCGAAUACUCGACGAGACGCAAUUCGAAAGGUGCAGGCUUUUUUGGGUGAAGCUUGGGAGAAUUUAGGUCCUUCUUUUCUUGAAUCAGCAGCGAAGAAUCAGUUGGAUGCGAGUGUGGGUGUCUUGCAGAUGAAGAAACAUGAGAAAGGUUCUCCAGUAGAAAUUAGGAAAGACAAUGAGAAGCUUGAAGGGAAGUUUACUACUGCGGUUGAUGUUGAGGAAGUGGAUUUAUCAACCUCUUGUAGCAAAGGUGAGUCUUUCCCGAUGAACGAGGUCCCGAAGAAUGGGGAAUCUGUUAAAUGCUGUUCUGUGGAGUUGCAAACCUUGGCCAAGGAUCCUGGUUUGGUAAUUGAGGACAUGAAUCAGGAACCACAAAUGGAAAAUCGGAGUACGGAUGCAAAUGUGCCCAACCCACAAGCUUGCCUGAGUAGUAAUAAUAAUGAGGCUAAUCUUAAUGAGACAACUUCUGUUCAUCAGAGUGAUGCACAUCACCCUAGCUUGAUGGAACCAAAUAGUACUGCUCAAACUCAUGAGUGGGAUGAUUCGAUAGAUGGCUUGAGAGGAGAAACAUCAUAUCAGGCUAGUAAAUUUAGUUUGCCUAGUCCAAGGAGGAGGAAAGUUUCUCCAUUGAAGGAGUAUGAACCAAAAAACAUCACAAAACGGAGAAGACCGAAAAAAUGGAGUAAAUUAGAAGAGGAUACUCUAAGGACUGGAGUAAACAAAUUUGGCAGAGGAAACUGGAAAUUAAUCCUCAAUGCUUAUACAUUUGAAGAGAGAACUGAAGUUGAUUUGAAGGACAAAUGGAGAAACAUGAUGCGGUAUGGAGGCCAAUGA